GGUGCUCUGACGGGGAGCUGAAGGGCACUCGACGACCCUCCACGACCCUCCACGACCCUCCACGACCCUCCACGACCCUCCACGACCCUCCACGACCCUCCACGACCCUGCACGACCCUCCACGACCCUCCAUUCCACGACACCUCCGCCCUCUCCUCCACCGCUCUUCCUCGCGUUUCCUCUCCAUUACAGCAUCCCUCGCAGGAAGCUCUCUCAGUCAUCUCUCUCGCGGAGGAACUGCUGAGUCGGACCUCUCUCGGAAGCCCCUCUCAUGAAGGCUCACCUGUGCCUUCUCCAGUGUGGCCCUUGCACUCACCCUCUCAUAAGUGUCUCUUCCUCUCUCUCCCCUCUCUAACUUUUCUCUUUCCCUUAUCUCCUUUCUAGUAAAAGUCAUUUUUCUUAUCCACUCAUCAAAAGGGAAAGUAAAGAGCAACUGAAAUAUAAGAGGAAGCGAGAGAGUGACAGAGGGAGAGAGAGAGAGAGAGAGAGAGAGAGAGAGAGAGAGAGAGAGAGAGAGAGAGAGAGAGAGAGAGAGAGAGGGAAAAAGACGGGGCCGAUCAGAGAUAGUAAUCAGUAGUGGACAGGGUUGGCCAUGUUGAUGGAUUGAGGAGGUAACGCAGCGUCUGGUCGGCAGGACAAACAACAGACCUUACCGAGAGUUGGCUUUAAUAUAUAUGGUCAAGGCAGAGACCCCGGUGCUGACGGAGGGUGUCAGAGGAUUUGCAAUAGUCGCUACGAUGCAAAAGCCUUCCGGGUGAGUGAUUCAGGGAGGAAAGCUGGACUAUCGUGGUUAUCGUGCUCAAGAAACGGUUACCGUUCAAAGUAAAACGAAUAACACUUAAGAGUAUUUAUUGGUUAUCGUGACAAAAGAUAUUUCUGGACACAAAUAUGUAAUAUUUAGGAUGCAGUGUCAUAAGUCAAAAAUUAUUGAUUUUUCAUUAUGUAAGAAAAUUAUGCUAGAAAAAUAUCUACGAGUGAAAACGUUAUUAAACGUUAUUAAGUGAAAAUUCUUAAUUAUUAAUAUAAAUUCUCAAGACGUGAUGCGUGAAAAAACAGAAGAUCCGUAAAAAAUAUCUAAUUCUCUAAUAUCACUGAUAAAAUACUGCAUUUUAUACUAAACCUGAGAUGAGUGAUUCACGUAAUCAGUGAUUUGCAAAAAACAGACCAGUUAUGCACCUGAAAAUCCGAAUGCUGAGAUAAUUAAAGACGAAAUUAAUAUGGAACUACAACAAAUGUUGUGGGAAAAAAUAUAGAGUGGAUUUUGCUUUAUUUACGUUCCUUUUGCUUUAGCUGUGUAGAGCCAUAGAGCCAUAAAUCCUGAGGGAAUACUGACAUUGUAACGCUUUUCGGAAGUGCGUUCAGCUGAACUGUUGGUGGAAGGGUUCAGCCAGGACGGUGUUGCAGACGUUCAGCCAGACGGCUGUUAAAAACGUUCAGCCAGACGGCUGCUACAAACAUUCAGCCAGGUGGUUGUCACAAACAUUCAGCCAGGUGGUUGUCACAAACAUUCAGACGAUGAAUUAUACUCACAGAUAAAUAACAACUACAAAAUCACAGACCAAACAAAAAAAAUAUUUAGACUCUUAGAAGUGUCGCUUUAAUUAUCAAGUGAAGUUUUAAGAGCGCAUAAUUCAAUGUCAGGUGGAAUACAAGUCACACAGUACCGGAACAACUCACAACUAACCCACAUUUCGGAGGAAGAGGCUUCAGACGACGUUUCGGUCUUGGACCCUGAAGUCAAGCGCCAAGAUGGUGGCAGUACAAGUGCUCCUCAUGAACUACUUCCUCUUAGGCCUUCAUAACGGCCAGCACCUCUCCAACGACGUCCUCUUACCAGAGGUGGUGAUGGAGGUGGGGUGUCCGUACGGGUGUGCUCAGUGUACGCCCAUCAACGGGUGUCUGUCGUGCAAGCCGCCCUUCUCCCUGCUGCUCCACAGGGAGGGCGCCAGGCAGACUGCCUCCUGCACCCGCGUCUGCCCCUCCGGCUUCUACAAGCUCAAAAGGAACAAGAAGAGAGGAUUCUGCGCUAAGUGCAUGUUGCGGGGUUGCAGUGAGUGUUCUACUCGCCACUACUGCUCUGUUUGCAAGACUGGGCUCCUGCGGCAUGCGGGACGGUGCCGCAAGCGGUGUCCCCCAGGCACGAAACUCAGUGCCCGCUCCCCUGGUCUCUGUCUUUCCAUACCCACCCCUGCCCCAGAUGUAGCAGUCAACGAGAUAGACAGAGGCAACAGCAGCUGGCCCUGGUUGACGCCACCUAAGUCCACUCAAACCCCAGUCAACGCCACCCAGACCCCAGUCAACGCCACCUCUCUCCCGACCGAGCUUACACCACCUAAAAGGAGGAGAAAGAAAAAACGCAGGAAGGAAAAGGACAAAAGGAGGGAGAGACACAGGAGAAGGAAAUAUAAAGAACUCGUUUGAGAAACAGAAGAAGGAAGGACAGGAGAAGAGGCAGGCUUAAAAAGAAUAAAGAGAAAAGGAAAAAGUCAUCGGCCCCGACAACAACAGCAACAACAAUGGCGGCCAAUAGCUGAGUCCCUGGCCUCUUGAGUGCCAAUUUUCAUUUUAAUUUAGAGUCCGUCACUCUUUGGAGACGCCUCGUGUAAUUAUACUUGAAGUGAGGAAAGAUGGUUAUUUUUAUUAUCAUUUUUAUUAUUAUUAAGAGAGAUAGUUAAACCCGCAUGAGACUUUCAGCUCCUCAAGUGGGGAGAGAGACCUAAUGGACGGUAUUAAGAGAGGUGACAGUGCCUUGUGAUCCCGACCUUGUUAUACAAGCCAUCUUCUCCAACUAAUUUAUUUUGUGUUUUGACGUUCCUAAUAUUUUGUGUAAGAGUGUCUGCACUGAGGUUGGUCACUGCCUUCCUCUAGUGGAGUGAUCCUCCCUGCACCGAGGUUGGUCACUGCCUUCCUCUAGUGGAGUGAUCCUCCCUGCACCGAGGUUGGUCACUGCCUUCCUCGAGUGGAUUUAUUAUUAUAAUCAAGGGGGAAGCACUAAACCCGUAGGAUUAUACAGCGCCUAUGGGGGGAUGGAAGGCAUUCAGGCUUAAUUCAGGGAACUGGAGCACAGAUCCAAUUCCCUAGAUCAAGAGCCCCUCACCAGCGUCAAGGAGCCUUCCUUGAGGGGUCAUCGAGUGGAGAGAUCCUCCCUGCACCGAGGUUGGUCACUGCCUUCCUCGAGUGGAGUGAUGUUCCACGUGUGUAAUCAGUUCCCUCCAGUAGUGUGCGAUCUUUCCCUCUCAGUAGCAACGUGAGUCCCCUUCCCAUCCCGAACUGUAUGUAUGAUUCGCUAAGUAGGCCUAAGUAACCUCCCACCUCCAAUACAGAGUGAUCCACCCCCCACUCUCCGGAACUGUAUGACCCGUAAGGAACAGUGUUUGUUUGCAUGACACGUAAAGAAAGGAGUGCUUGAUCCUUUUCUGAUACUAAGCUUGAUCCGCUGUGUGAGAUUGCUUCCAGUGCCUCCAGUCUCAUUCACCGCGAGGACUCGACAUUGUAGCUUGUCUUUUGAGAGUGUCUCUUGUGAGUGUUUUGUAAAUGUUUAUUGAGUAUCUUUUGCGAGUGUUUCCUGUAAGUAUUUUUGUAGUGUUUCUUGUAUUUUGUGAGUGUCUCUUGUGAGUGUUUCUUGACCGUUUCCAAUGAACAUUUUCGUCUCUUAUGAGUGCAUUGGAAGUGUCUGUUGCGUGUGUUUUACGAGUGUUUUCUUGUGAGAGAAUUGUGAUUCUUUCGUGGAGUGCCUUUUGUGAGUGCCUUAUGUAUCUCUUUUAACUUCCUCAUCAGAGUGCCUUUUGUGAAUACCUCUUAUAAAUGUCUCUUGUAAAUGCCUCUCUUUUGUUAGUGCCUCAUGUGAGUGCCUCUCGUAAGGGUCUCUCGUGAGUGCCUCUUGUAAGUGCCUCUCGUGAGUGCCUUUUGUGAGUGCCUCUAGUAGGUGCCUCUUGUGAAACUCUUGAGAAAGUCUCGCUAAAUCUUCAGAAAAUUCAUUUUUUUGGAAUUAUCGUAAAGUUUAAUAAUACGAUUAAUAUUGUUAUUUUUA